UUGUUUUUUCAACUCUUCUCAAACAGUAUGACACACUUCUUUUAGGUUUAGAUACUUUAAGCAACAUAUUUCUUUGAAAACCAGAUUCCUCUCUCUCUCUCUCUAUCUCUCCCCACUAGUUUUUGUUAAAUCUUGAAGAGACACAACAAAGGUCUCUCUCCUUUUCUCUUUCUUUCAUUGAACACAAGUUACACAACAUUAGGCUUUGCUUCUGGAAGAAAAUAGUUUUAGACAUGGAAGAGAGAAAUGAUGGUGAGAAACUAGAUGAGGUUAUGCUACCAGGUUUUAGGUUUCAUCCAACAGACGAGGAGCUUGUUGGAUUUUACCUAAAGAGAAAGAUUCAGCAGCGGCCUCUCUCUAUUGAGCUCAUCAAGCAGCUUGAUAUCUACAAAUAUGAUCCUUGGGAUCUUCCAAAGUUGGCUUCCACCGGGGAGAAAGAGUGGUAUUUCUACUGCCCCAGAGACAGAAAGUACAGGAACAGUGCAAGGCCUAAUAGGGUAACCGGAGCUGGAUUCUGGAAAGCUACUGGGACUGAUCGCCCUAUCUAUUCCUCAGAGGGUUCGAAGUGUAUUGGCCUCAAGAAAUCCCUUGUCUUCUACAAAGGUAGAGCUGCCAAAGGGAUCAAAACUGAUUGGAUGAUGCAUGAGUUUAGACUGCCUUCUCUAACUCCCUCAUCCUCCUCCCCCAAGAAGUACAUGGACAAGAACAUACCUGCUAACGAAUCCUGGGCAAUAUGCAGGAUCUUCAAGAAAACUAAUGCUACAGCUCAAAGAGCUCUCUCUCACUCUUGGGUCUCUCCCUUGCCUGAAACUACCACUUCUGACCAUAUGCUAACCACUGAUAGAAACAGCAACCAAUUUUUUCCAUCAAACAUGCCAUUGGCAAAGAAAACUAGCUUAGCCAGCCAGUUUUGUACUUUUAAUCACAAUGACACACAGCACUUAACUACUAGUAGUAGCACUCCUUGUCCUUUAGAUGUUGUUGCCUCAUAUAACAAACCAAUUAUUAAUCCGUUGCUUUACAAACCCUUAGACCGGUUACCCUUUUCAAAUGGAGACCUUAGCACUGGCUCAAUAUUCUCCUCUCCUCUUGAAACAUCAACAACCAGUGCUAAAUCUUCAAUGGAAUAUUUUUCUUCCUUGCUAUCAUCUUCUGUGCAUGGAGAGUUUAGUAAGACCUCUGAGGGAACAACCACAAACUUUGGUGGGUUACAAGAGCAUCAUAGUAAUGGCUACCACGUACCAAUACUACGUGACAUGCAAGGGACCAUAGGCAACCACGACAACAAUGUGUUGGUAAAGAUUCCUAAUAAUGUGAAUGUGCCUCGUGUUGAUGACCAACAAUUGGAAACAGGAAGAUCCAUUGGGUUUCCAUUCGCUAUGCCGUUCAAUAUUGGCGAUGCAUGGAAGUCAAAUCUGCUUUGGGAUACUUCCUCUGUCCUUGUGAUACACGUACCCUCUAGUUAUUCUACAACCAAGUAUUAUAAUCGGUCCAAUUUACGUAAAUUAGAAGCCUUUGUUUUUAUAGCUUCUAUAAGAAGGGACUAG